GCGUAUUUCACAUGUUAUUUUUUCUCUGCAGUAAUCGUUCAGAAAGACUCGAAGGAACAGCCUCGAGGUGUCCGGCUCCUAUUAAUCAUUCUGAGGACAUUCUUAUCUUUUCAAAUGAAUAUUUAACGUUAUCUUGUCCGUUCAGUCAUUAAUUAAAGACUGUCUAUAUUAAUGAGACGGUAGCUGGUCUAGCAGCAGAGCCAGUGGUAGUAGUACAACACUCUGCAAUAACGUUAACGUUGCAUUAGACUCAAGGCGAGAGGAGAGAGCUCAAGGUACGCUUGAGUUAUUUGCAGGUGUACGCUGAAGAUAAUCUGCCGUCUUACAGUGAGAGCUAGAUGGGCAUAGAUACAACCAAAAGUUUGUGAAUUUUUCAAAAGUUCUUCUAUGAUUUCUUGUCAUAACUUAUCACUGUUUACCGCACCAUACAUUAUCCAACCCUGGAAGCAAUUAAAACACUGAAUAACAAGGGAAAUCGUCCCUGUCAUUUGAGUUGUGUUUAAUAUGCAAAAAAAACAACCAAAAAGCAAUUAUACCAUAAUUCGUAUGAUAAUCCAAAAAGUAAGACUAUGUACUUAAUUGAUUAUCCCGUGAUGCUCAGUGUUGAACACCUACCUGAGAGAAAUACAUAUUGCACACGUGUGUGGCAUUGUUGCACACAUUUUCUAUUCUUAGUAAUCCACACAUUGUCAUGUUCUUGAUGUUGUUUUCUUCUCUAAAUGCUAUAAUGUCAAAGUUAUUCUCUUUGGAGAGCUGUGGAAUUACAAUGUUCGUACCACUGUGCUACAACAACAAUAUGGCAAAACAUCUUUUGGGUACGUUCUGAGAAUAUAUAUAUUUUGUCCCGACUUUAAGAAGUAAACCAAAGCAAUGGCUCAAGGGAAGUGAUAGUGGUGUACCCUGCUACCAGUGUGGACAUUGUUAUCACUACCCCAAAGUGCUGCGUACGUUCUCUGGCUAUUUCUGGACGUUAUGUGGCUAUAAAAGGCAGCCAAAUGGCAACAACGGACCAGUUUUAGAUUACACGCCACACACAUCUGAGAUGAAAGGGAACACCACUCACUCUUUACUUCAUCCCUAAAGACAAUUGUAGCAGAAACACUUGUUAGUGUUCUUCCUCAGAGAAUGCACCGGAGCUGUUAUGUAAAGCCACUUGAGACUGGAAUGGAGAGCUCACAACACGGGCGUCUGGGAAAGGUAUCCGGUGGAAUUAUAUCAAGCUCAGUAUCUCUCGUCUUCCGCGAACGCAGUGAACACAGAUUAAAAGCGUGAUCACUGAUGCAGAGACGUGUGUAGAGCUUGGAGCACUACAAGCAGACCAAAUUAAGAGUUCAGCUGUUUUCCGCCGACGGAUCCGGGAGGCCAUGUCGCACGCUUGGACAUAUAAAGCGGGAAUAUUUCAUGUGAAUCCCGCAAUGGAGGAAGGAGCUAAGAGCCCCGCGCAAGAAAGGACAAACUUCAGGUCGAUGCGCUGCUGGGCGGAUCACGUGGCCCUCCCUCACCCCUCACCUCCGCUCAGUCCGCCGGCUGAGAGCACGCGCCGUCGCCCAGCGGCUCCCAUGGAGACCGUUGUUGGUAAACACCCGAGCCCUUCCCAGCAGCGCUGUCACGCCGUCUGCGCCGGUGCCGAGUCCGGCUCGGGUGUCGUCGCAAAUAGGCCGGCGGCAGACUUCAGGGUGCAGAGCCCCAGCGACGCCUCCAGCCUGUUCUCCAGCCGGGCGUCCUCCCGGGAGUCGCUGCUCUCCGACGGCUGGGACCGCGAGCGGAGCUGGUCGGCCAUGCAGCUGUCGGGCGCCGCGUCGCCGCCGCUGUCGCCGAGCCGCGCCGUCUCGCCCUGCUCCUCGGCGCGGUCGGGGGCCUUCACCCCCACCGUGCUCCGGGUGCGGCGGCACGCCCUGGCCAGCGGCGCCAGCAUGCUGCACCUGCCCCGGGCCUCCUGCCAGUCGUCCUGCGAGAGCCUGGCCGAGUCCGAGGGGGCCCGCUCCCCGCCGCCGCCACCGCCCCGCCGCCACCGGCCCCCCCUCACCCGGCUGUCCCUGCUCACGGCCAUCCUGAGGAAGGGCCGUCUCCCCGUGCUGUCCCCCGCCCUGCAGCGGCCCUACUCCCCCUGCUGGCCCAUCAACCACAUCACGCUGGCCUCCUGCACCGCCUGCUCGGCCGCCUCCCGCCUGCCCCCCGUGUCCCCCCGGGCCGCCCUGUCCCCGUCGCCGCCGGGCCCCCCCGACGCAGAGCCCCCGACGCAGAGCCGCUGGGACUGGGACUCCUUCAGGCAGCGGCCCGCCCUGCCCUCGGUGCGCCUCCCCGACGGCCGCGGCGCAGGACCGCGCCCGGCGGAAACGCCGGCCUCGGAGAGCAGUUAUCGCGCGGGCGAGCGGCCGGUGUUCCAGACCGUGUUCUCCCGCCCGGUGGCCGGUCCCGCUGCGCUCCGGGCCACAGGAGGGGAGCGGGGGGUCCCUCCGCCGCAAUCAGCGGCGCCCCGGCCCAGAGCCGGGCCGGCUAACGGCGCUGAUCCCGCCGGACCUGAUGAGGGGACGGAGCCCACACGACCGCCCCCGUCACGCCCCUGUUGCUAUUCCGGAGCCCGCUCCCCCGGCCCAAAGCGGGGGGCUAAUCAGACGGACCCCGGGUCGUCUGCGGACGAGCCCCGGCAAACGAGUCCAGCCGAACAGAAACAGCCCUCGCUCAAAACAACGGCCGCGGGGAACCUCUCGGCUCGGCGGGUGUGCAGUCCCCCGCCGCUGCCCGCCACCGCCAGGCUUGAUUGCAUUUCUCCGCCACCUCGAUCUCUGCAGUCCUGCUUGAAGCAACACCGGCCUUUCGCCUCUCAAACACAAUCCCACUCCCACGAGCCGCCAAAGUAUCCCGCCACAAAGUCACCGGCGCCGGGCAACACUUCCAUCCCCGGGCUCGGCCCGGUUGAUUCCCCCAGGGACGUGACCUCGCCCGCCCCCGUCCCCCGCUCCUCCUCCUGCCUGUCUCCUUCCCGCUGCGCUGCCGUCGUCUUCCCCGGAUGGCCGUCGCCCAACGGCUCUCGCAGCUGCACCCCCGACCGCUUCACCCUCUCGCCCUCGCCCGCCUCCCAGGCCCGCGACCUCACCCCCCGCCCGUCCCCGUGCCCGUCGCCCUCGCUGCGCUCCACGCCGUCUCCCAGACCGGGCAGCCGGGGCUCGGACUGCACCGACAGGGAGGGAAAUAAGAGGAAGCCACACAAGAUAAAGUCAAGCUACAAGUCUCUGGCUGCCAUCCCCACCAACACCUUAUUGUUGGAUCAGCAGGUGAUAGACAAGGAGGUGGAAGGGGAGGACGUCCCCACUGGGGCUGGAGGUGUGGACGACCCACACGCUGAGAUGUGCUCCCCUGCCCAGCUCAGACAGGAGUCAGAGGAGCUGUACGCUGUCAUUGAUAAGAUACUGGAAGACGGCGUACCCAAAACUAAGGUCUCCUCGCUCUCAGCUCAGCCAUCCGGAGAGUCCAGCCACCUGGUCACGGGUCUGAAGCAACCGCAGCUCAACUCAACAGGGAGGCCCACGGGGCGAGAGACUAAAUAUGCAACUGUAAGGAGCCCAACGCCAUUAUCCCUGGAAAGAAUCCCGGCAGAAACCCAGACUAAACCUGGAGUCAUUCGACCGAUGAUUGCCAUUCCGAGGCCGCGAGUGGAAGGCCGCGCCGGGGCAAACCGAUGCAACCCCUUUGCACGCUAUCUGGUGGACACACCCGCAGCCCCAAGCUCUGCGGUAGGGCGGACGAUCUGUCAGUCACAGGCCGAGGACGGCGGUUUGGGUUCAAGAAGCCCACCGCGGAGUGAAGGGGGCAGCCUUGAAGACGUGGGAACGAAGUCGACGUCAGCCCUGUUCAUCCUAGAGUCUGAGGAGCUCCGUCCUCCUCCCGUCAAACCCGCAUCCUGGCAGGGUGCUUCGACCACUUUCAGUCGGGCCGAAGUGCUUCCGGAAGCUUUUGACACCCGUAUUUAAAACACACAUUAUUAAUGGCUGUUUAUACAUGUUCGACUACUACUCCUCUUCGUCCCCUAUGGGACAAGGCUGCUUAUAUAUGUGACUGAGUACAAUUCUAUGAAUAAAGUGCCGAUGAGAAAUAACACAGAAGGGAGAUGGGUGGCACUGUUAAAGGUUAACAGCGCUUCGUAUGGGUGUAUGUCGACGCGCUGUUCCCCACGCAAACUCGCAUUCAUCAAACAAUGAAUAAAAUAUGAAUUGAAAGAUA